UUCAGUUGUUAUCAAAAUGUUGCUUGUAUAUCAGGUAUUAUGUGGGCUCUUCUUUGGAGUGGUUUAUGUAACUUGUGGCCAAAAUGACCAAUGCUUGUCACAACCAGACUAUCAGUCGCAAGGACUUGACUACAGCAGAGCAGCUGUACGGGGGACAAGGUAUCAGAAUCCAAAAAUAGAACAGUUACGACUCAGGAGAUCAUCAAGUAUCGAUGUAACAGCAAUGUUGAACCGUCUCAAAAAGUACUGUUAUAGAAGCAAUUUCCGUUCCACUGUCAAACAUGACGAUUACAAACCAGAUACAUACACAGAGCCACAAAAGGGGGAAUGGGUUGUUACUUCAUUAUGCGACUCUACUCCUACUUCUACUACGUUUAAAGGACAUUGGGUAGAUAAAUGUUAUCUGUACCGUGAGUGGAGGAAUUGGGUGUGUCCACAUGUUAAGUGUAGCCAGAGGUUGUGUAAUGGAGUAAAAGCACCAAAUUUGUACACGUGGUAUGUCUGUCAACCUGACAGUUACUAUUAUAUAGAACUACUGCUAGCCUGUUGGGAAAAUAAAAAAUGGGUCUUAAAAACCAAAAGAGUUUGGUUCCCGCGCUGUUGUGGAUGUAAGAAAUAUUCAUGGCAAUGUGUUUGAGACAUAAAUGCAAAAGAAUUAUCAUGGUAUUAAAAAAAAUA